AUGCUACUCCUAACGUUACUCCUUAUGACGUCAACAUUCCAGCAGCCUCAAAAGAUCAUAAAAGGACCAAAAGAGCUUUGCUACAUCAAAGAACCCGGAAUCUUUAAAUACAGGUAACCAAGACAGACUUUCACAAACGUUUUCAGUCUCCUGUCAGUUUGGUGAUUUCUUUUGUUCUCAGCGUUCAAACGUUAAGCCUCAACUAGAAAACCUUUGGAAACAUUUGGAAAGAGUCUCAACAUCUCAAGAACAUGUUUCAGGACCAAAAACAGAGUGAUUUCGCUGAAUCACUUCACUGCAGUGGUCAGAUAAAUGUCCCAGAAGACACCGAAUCCCUCAAAAGGGCACUUGAUCUCCUCCAGAAGGAAAAUGAGCAGUUGCACAUUAUGAUCAAACAACUGCAGAAGAAGGACAGAGAGAGGGAGGCCCAAAAUAAGGGCUUUGGAGCCAUUAACAAAGAGGACCAACCAGAUCAAGAUCAGCAAUGCAAGGGUAACUUGCAGAUCUUAAAUGAAGAUUGGGAAAUAAUGCUUCAUAAGCAACAGAACCUCAAUGACUUGAGGGAAAGAUAUAACAUGGAGGUACACAAGCUCCAAAAUCUGGAAGCUAAACACGAGACACUACACCAACUCCAGCAAAAGGACAUAUUAGCUGAGUACACACAGUGUCAACUUCAAGACGUGAUGGUCAGAUAUGAAGUGACAAAAGAUAAACUCAGAAACUUGGAGGCACUACAGAAAGAGACACAACACAAGCUGGAGGAGAAGACCAGAGAGCUGGAGGUCCAAAGUAAACGCUUGGGAGAAAUUUCCAAGCAGGAUGAGGACCAAGAUCAGCAAUACAAGGCCAAGUUGCAGCGUAUAAAUGAAGGCUGGGAUGCACUGCUUAAGAAAUCGCAGCAGGAAAUUAUACGCUUGUUGGGCGAGAAGAAAGAGAAGAGCAAAAAUGAGAGCGAACUGAGAAGUGAAUUGAUCUGCAUGACCCAGGAGAUAGGAGAGUUGCAAUACAAGCUUGAAAACUUGGAAGCAACACACGAAGAGACAAAAUACGAACAUGAAAAUUUGGAAAGACAACACAAGGAGACACUAUACAAAUACCAACACCUGAAAACCAAACAUGAUAAGACGCUACAGCAGCUCCAACAACUGGAAGAAGCAGGUGUAGAGACACGAUGCCAGUUUUUUGAAAGUGAGGCUAAAAAUAAAAGUUUGCAAGUAAAACUUGAUCAAACACUACAACAAAACAUGGAAAUACAAAAAGAGAAGGAGCAACAGGAAGCUGAAUAUAGAGAGAUGGACAGCAAGCUCAGUGACAUGGAGAAAAGACAUGAUGAGGCGAUAUCAAAGUUGCAACAACUGGAAGCUGUAAUUGAAGACACACACCAGCAGCGUCUAGAAAGUGAGAAGGAAAAGGAACGCUUGCAAGUAAAACUGGAUGAAGCAGUGCAAAGAAAUGCAGAACUGCUACAGGAGAGGGAAGGACAGGAUGAACUGGGCAGAGAGAUGCAACGUGCUCUUCAAAUCUUUGAGAAAAAAAAUGCUGAACUCCAAGUAUUUUAUGAGGAACUCAAAGACAAAUGUGUUGAUAGGGAGGCAGAGAAGGUAAAUCUGGAGAAUCUCUGCAAUGAGACGAUGUCUAAGAUGCAAAAAGUGAUGGAAAGAAACAUGCAACUGCACACACUCUGUGAAACACUACAGAGCACAAACAGUGAACUGCAGAAGCAGGUACAACAACAGGAGAAAAUGCAUGAAGACAUCUUUUGUGCUCUUGAUAAAAUGCAAAGGGCAAAUGAGCAGUUGCAAGACAGGCAAGAUAUAGCAGAGAAGGCACACAAAGAGGAAUGUGAUAGUCUGAAGGAAAUGUAUGCACAAAGUGAGAAAAUGGUGGAAACUCUUAAAAAAACAUUGGAGCAGCUUGAAGAAACGAAUGAAGAAAGUUUUUCUGCCAUCAAAAAGCUCAAACUCCGAAACGCAGAGUUACAGGAACUCUGCCAGAAAAAGGAGAGAAAGCGUUGCUGGUUUCUCCGCACGUUCUGCUGCUGCUUCUCCUCCUCAACCGAAGAAUAGCCUGCUCUUCCUCCACCCUCUAUCCAUCUUCAUCCUUUUCACCUCUCCCCUCUUCUCAUUCCUUUGAAUUGGCCGCAGCAUUCACCAGCACCAUCUCCUAACAACUAAAUGUGUCCCUGAACUUAUCAGUGGUAGGUUUAACACACCAUUCCUCUUUUCCAUCACGCCACCCCCCAGCCGGCCGCAGCAGAUGGCUGCCCCUCCCUGAGCCUGGUUCUGCCCGAGGUUUCUUCCUUUUAAAAGGGAGUUGUUCCUCGCCACUGUCGCCAAGAGCGUGCUCACAGGGGAUCUUCUGAUUGUUGGGGGGGCUCAUUAAACCAAACCCUGAUAAGUUCUCUGGCAUGAAAUAUGAGACGCAGCAAUAUGU